GAUGUCGAGUUGGAUUCGUGACAGUCGGUGAAAAAGUGUUGUACGAAGCGGUUAUUAAAUAUUCGCUAAAGCGUUAUCUCGCUUUAACUAAUAUUUUAAGUGUAACUAAAGUGAUAGUUAUGAAAAAAAUAUUCAUAUUUUUAACGGCCCUGUUACUUUUAGCAGGGUUCGUUAGGGCUGAAGAUACAAAAGAAGAUGAAGUUGCAACUGCAGAAAAAGAUCUUGGAGCUAGCCGUGAAGGAUCACGUACCGAUGAUGAAGUUAUUCAAAGAGAUGAAGAACGUAUUAAAUUGGAUGGAUUAAAUGUAGCUCAAAUAAAAGAACUUCGUGCUAAAGCAGAGAAGUUUACGUUCCAAACUGAAGUCAAUCGCAUGAUGAAACUUAUAAUAAAUUCCCUUUACCGAAAUAAGGAAAUCUUCCUUAGGGAAUUAAUAUCUAACGCAUCUGAUGCCUUAGAUAAAAUCCGAUUAUUAUCCCUUACCGAUAAAAACGUUUUAGACAGUAACUCCGAAUUAGCCAUUAGAAUAAAAGCUGAUAAGGAAAAUAAAAUCUUGAGUAUAACAGAUUCCGGUAUUGCCAUGACCAAAUCUGAUUUGAUCAAUAAUCUUGGAACCAUCGCUAAGUCUGGUACUGCUGAAUUUUUGGGUAAAAUGCAAGACGUUAAAAAUGCUCAAGAUAUGAAUGAUAUGAUUGGUCAAUUCGGUGUUGGAUUUUACUCAGCAUUUUUGGUCGCAAACACUGUCGUUGUUACUACUAAACAUAAUGAUGAUAAACAAUACAUUUGGGAAUCUGACAGUUCUAGUUACAGUAUCAUCGAAGAUCCUAGAGGAAACACAUUGAACAGAGGAACAACGAUAAGCUUGCACAUGAAGGACGAAGCAUUAGAUUUCUUGGAAGAAGACACCGUUAGAAAUUUGAUUAAAAAAUACUCUCAAUUUAUCAACUUCCCCAUCUACCUUUGGAGCAGCAAAGUUGUACAAGUAGAUGCAGAAGAAGAAGAAGAAUCUAAACCAGCUACUGAUGAAGAAACUGAGAAAGAUACUGAAGAUAAAUCUGAAGAUGAAGAAGAGGAAGAAGAAGCUAAAGUAGAAGAAUCAUCAGAAGAUGAGAAGAAAACCAAAAAGGUAGAUAAAACUGUUUGGGAUUGGGAACUUUUAAAUGAGUCUAAACCUAUUUGGACUAUGAAACCGUCAGAAGUUGAUGAUAAGGAAUACAAUGAUUUUUAUAAAACAUUAACAAAAGAUACUCAAGAUCCUUUGGCAAAGAUUCACUUUGUCGCAGAAGGUGAAGUUACUUUUAAAUCUCUUUUGUUUAUACCUAAAGUUCAACCUAGCGACAGUUUCAAUAGAUAUGGUACAAAGGCAGAUAAUAUUAAAUUAUAUGUUAGGCGUGUAUUCAUUACUGAUAAAUUUACCGACAUGAUGCCCAAUUAUUUAUCAUUCAUACGUGGUAUCGUUGAUAGCGACGAUUUACCACUUAACGUAUCACGUGAAAAUUUGCAACAGCACAAAUUAAUUAAGGUCAUUAAGAAAAAACUUAUCAGAAAAGUUUUAGAUAUGAUCAAGAAGAUUUCUAAAGAAGAUUAUGAGAAAUUCUGGAAGGAAUAUAGUACAAAUAUCAAAUUAGGUGUUAUCGAAGAUCCUCAAAAUCGUGCUAGAUUAUCCAAACUUUUACAAUUCCAUUCUUCAACACAGAAAGGUACAACAUCAUUGGCAGAUUAUGUAUCACGUAUGAAACCUAAACAACAACAUAUCUAUUACAUUGCUGGAGCAUCUGAAGCAGAAGUUGAAAAAUCUCCAUUUGUCGAACGUUUGAACAAAAAGGGAUACGAAGUUUUAUAUUUAACAGAACCUGUCGAUGAAUACACCAUUUCCGCUCUUCCUGAUUUUGAUGGAAAGAAAUUCCAAAAUGUUGCCAAGGAAGGCUUCCAAUUAGAUGAAGGUGAAAAGGCUAAAGAAAUACAGGAACAAUUGCAAACAUCAUUUGAACCUUUGCUCAAAUGGUUGAACGAUAUUUUGAAAGAUCAUAUCAGUAAAGCACAAGUCUCAGAACGUUUGACAGAUUCACCUUGUGCUCUUGUCGCUAGUAUGUUCGGAUGGACAGGCAACAUGGAAAGAUUAGCAAUAUCUAAUGCUCAUCAAAAGUCUGAUGAUCCUCAGAAAACUUAUUACUUAAAUCAAAAGAAAACUUUAGAAAUAAAUCCAAGGCAUCCUCUAAUUAGAGAAUUGUUACGUAGAACUCAGGUCGAUCCAUCCGAUCAAACUGCGAAAGACAUAGCCAUUAUGAUGUUUAGAACAGCCACACUUCGUUCGGGAUACAUGCUUAAAGAAACUGCAAGCUUUGCAGAUAGCGUAGAACAACUUAUGAGAAAAACGUUAGGUAUAUCUUUAGAUGAAGUACCAGAAGAAGAAGAAAUGAUUGAAGAUGAAUCUACUGGCUCUUCCACAGAGUCGGAACAAGCAACUGAAGUUGAUGCGGAGGAGGACAAAGAAGAGGAGGAGGGACACGACGAACUGUAAAACAGUGUGCACUCGUGUUUAAACACAAAAGACUUAUUCUUGUUUAUCAGCUAUACAAUGUAUAGCGAUAUAUUGUGCACUCUAUUGCCGUUGCAAACGUUAUUGCAAACUUACAAAUCAUUCAAAAAAUAUCUCAUUAUGUUGAAAAACUUGUAAAAAUUUAUAAUUUAUUUUUAUUCUUAUUGUUUAUUGCAUUGUAAAGAUUUUUCAAAGAGGAUAGG